GGGAACGCGCACUGCCUGACUCAUGUCGGGGACGAGCAGGUGGUGUAGCCCGGCUGGCGAGUGAAUUGUAGUACAGUACCUCGUACAGGUCUCUGGCUGAGCAAAAUCACGCGAGGGGGUGUUGGUGAGUAGCGCAGAAUUAAGGGGGAUCCACUGAACAUCUUUGUGGAAAUGAAGUGGCCUAGUCACUGAGGCUAGAUUUCUUUGCACCUGCUUGAGAUAAUCCUGCAAUUUAUACCUUAAUGAGAAAAACAUCCUGUUCUUUUCAGUGCUGCACAUAAUCAAUUAUGAGGCUCCAGUCGCAACCAAUCUUUUUUACGUGCUAUAUACCAGUACUAUGGUUCCUUCUGACAUUUGAAAGCCUCAACAGUACAUCAAGCGAAGAAGAGUUGGUGGUCACAACUAAACAAGGAAAAGUCAAAGGAAUGUCAGUAAAUGUUCUUUCAGGAUCAGUCACAGCUUUCCUGGGGAUUCCAUAUGCAGAGCCGCCUAUUGAUGAACUGAGAUUUAAGAAACCAGAACCUCGAAGACCCUGGUCUGGGCUGUGGAAUGCAGACAGAUAUCCAAACUCAUGUUACCAGUAUGUAAACAGCUCUUCUCCUGGCUUGCCGUGGGAAGAAAUGUGGAAUCCUAACACUCAACUUAGUGAAGACUGUCUCUAUGUUAAUGUGUGGGUUCCAUCGCCAAAACCAAACAAAGCAGCUGUUAUGAUAUGGAUCUUUGGUGGGGGUUUUGCAUCAGGCACCUCUUCCUUAAUGAUUUAUGAUGGCAAAUAUCUAGCUUAUGUUGAGAAUGUAAUUGUUGUUUCCAUGAACUAUAGAUUGGGUGCUUUAGGAUUUUUAGCUGUGCCUGGUAGCCGAGAUAUUCAUGGAAACAUGGGAUUAUUUGAUCAACGGUUAGCACUUCAAUGGGUUCAAGACAAUAUAAUGGCAUUCGGAGGAAAUCCCAACAGCGUGACCUUGUUUGGAGAGAGUGCAGGAGCGGCUUCAAUUCAUCUCCAUAUUCUUUCACCUAAAAGUCAUUCCCUCUUUACCAGAGCCAUCAUGCAAAGUGGUUCCUGUAAUGCUCCCUGGGCUGUUUUACCAGAUGCUGAGGCAAAACACAGGGCUUCAAUCUUGGCUCACCGGCUUAGUUGCACUUUCAAUAACGAUACGGCGCUAGUAAACUGUCUACAUCAUAAGCAUCCCAAAGAGAUAGUGGACAAGAGUCUUGGAAUCGUAACAGAUAGCCUUUUAUCUGGCUAUACAUUUAAACCUGUUGUUGAUGGAGACUUUCUCACUGAUGUGCCUGAUGAAUUAAUUCAAAUGAAAAAAUUGAAAAAACUCCAAAUCUUAGUAGGUGUGAACAAAGAUGAGGGAAGUUACUUUUUGGUAUAUGGGGCUCCUGGUUUCAAAAAGAAUACAGCAAGUCUCAUUACUCGUGAACAAUUCCUAAAAGGUGUAAAGAUGACUUUACCUAAUGCUGGUGAUAUUGGAGUGGAGGCAGUCGCUUUCCAAUAUACAGAUUGGACAGAUGAGAACAAUGCAACGAAAAAUCGUGAUGCUUUGGUUGCAGUGGCUGGAGAUAAGAAUUUUGUAUGUCCCUUGAUGCAGUUUGCUAAUAAGAUGGCCGAAUGUGGAAACACUGCCUAUGUCUAUUUGUUUGAACACCAUGCGUCAAAUGCAGAUUGGCCACAUUGGAUGGGAGUUAUGCAUGGUUAUGAGAUUGAAUUCAUGUUUGGGAUGCCUGUUGAUGGAAAGCUCAAUUAUACUGCGGCAGAAGAAACACUCAGCAGAAGCAUGAUGCAUUACUGGGCAAACUUUGCAAAAACUGGUAACCCAAAUGAACCCAACGUGCAAGGAAUGAGGUGGCCUGAAUAUACACAUACAGACCAAAAAUAUAUAUCUUUCAACACAGAAGCAACAAGGAUUUAUAUGAAGUACCGGGCUCAGCAGUGCGCCUUCUGGAAUCUAUUUCUUCCAAAACUACUACAGAGGACAGCACAUACUGAUGAGGUAGAACAACAAUGGAAGCAGGAAUUCCAUCGAUGGAACUCUUACAUGUCAGACUGGAAAUCUAAAUUUAGUGCUUACAACAACAGAAAAGACAGUUGCACUGGUACAUAAUCAGUAAUAUUCACUUUAAAAUGGUGUGUGCAGUUUAAGUGGUGUGUGUGCAAUGUAAUAUAUUGCAGGUAUACCAUUUUAUUGCAAUGUGACAUAUUGCAUUAAAUGCCAUGCAUACAGUGUCAUACAGAGAAAAGUUCCAACUUAAAAGCUUGCCAUCACUUUAGCGUUUUGUUUCAAUAAGGUUAAGAUAACUCCCUUAGUGUAAAACAUAUUCUGCUGCAUCCAUAUGCAUUUAAAAAGCCAUCUAUGCUACUGGUGUACCAAUCAAUCGUUUUAAUGCCUCUCCCACCUCCCGGAGCAGUAUUAGAGUUGAGCAAUUUGAAAGUUUAACCCAGAGUGAAACGUAAGUGCAACUAUUGUUGAGUAGUCUAUGUCACUCUGAAAACUUAACUGGUCCCUCCAAAAGUUAGACAUGCUUGUUAGUACAAUGGAUGAUGUAAUUCUCUUGGGAUUGCUCCUCCUAGAUCAUUGAUAGGAAACGUACGUAAGAUUAGUUGCUUCUGGUUAACACCAAACAAGAUUUGGACCCCAGUAAGGCAUUUUUUUUUUUGCAUUUUUGUUCUUGUGUCCACUCAUUUAACUGAUCUGUCUCACAAAACUAAAUGACGACUCCUCCAUCAACAACAACUUUCAAACCCCACCCUCACUUCUGCCCAGCUCUCAGAUCUCUACACUUUCUAUCUUCUGACUUUUCACUUUCUCCCAAUGGACAACAUAUGCCAAUUAAUCUGUGAUCCAUCUUGGUCCUGGAUAAUGCUCAAAUAUACACAAACUCCACUGCAACCCCUCCUGGGAAGUCCCCUGUGGCCUCAUUAUUCAUUUGCAAUCAUUUACCUUUCUCACUUAAUCAGCAAUCUGACCACAAACUGUGCUCUUUGGCCACAGUCCAUCCCCAAAUUGUGCUCUUUCCCAAUCUUCCGCCUCACCCCCCUCCAGCUCCCCCACUCACCAUGCCCUAUCCACGAUCCUGAGUAGGACACUGUCCACUACAAAGAAGUACAAGUAUUUUCAGUAGUCCUUCAGGCUCUGCUUCUCUGAAAUUUAUAGUCGGACCAAUGACCCAUGUUGCUUACCUUCCAGUCUCACUUCCUUUGGUUGUUGUUGAUUUUAAUAUGAGUUUCAACUUCACUCAGUAUGCUUGCUCCUCAUAUUUCCUCAAGCUAUCUCUGACUUUUGCCAGUAUGGGAGAUAGAAUUGAAAUAUACUGCCAAUCGGCCAUUAUUAAAAUCAGUAAGCCAGUGUCAGGUUACUUGACUAAUUAGUUAGUGCCACCUUGGAGUGACCUAAGGGGUUAUUAUUGGAAUCUGUUAAAUUUCAUGAGUACUUAAUUAACAUUGUAUUAGCUUUCAGUGAUUUUUUUUUAUAAUGUAGGACACGUUUAACAAUUAGCACAAUGAAACAUCAUGCUACAGGCUUUAACUAUUGCUGAUUUUAAGUGUGAAAUUUAAAAUUAAAAGUUUUCCAUAAUCCUGUUUACAAUUUUUAUUUCCCAUCCUGCACUUGAUCUGGCAUUGAAUUCCUCCAUUUAUGCACGUCCUGUUCUACCUUCCUGCCAGUAACUUUGCAAUCUGUCCAUCUGAUUGGUGUAGGGGAUACACAGUUACUUUUCCUGUCCCCUAGAGAUCUCAGCUGCCCCAUUUUGCUUGUGCCAUCACCAGCUUACCUUUGCAAAAAUUUAUGACAUAAAAUAUUUUUGACAUUAUGCAGACAAGGGCAUGUCUAAAUAAAGACAGAUGCUAUUAAAUUCUGUCCUUCAGAAAAUAGAUCAUUACAUCUGAAAAGAGACGUCUGCUAUUUAAUAAAUAAUAGAAUCUGAUAGUUAUGGAGACAGAAACAAUUCUCUGUGUGCCAGUGAUAGCCUGUUAUAUGGCCUAACAUGCAGUUUAUGAUAUCAUUGUAUUUUUUAUGAUAGUUUCUUUUCCACCUAAGCAUUUUAACUUUAUUUCUGUGCUUAUCUGUUGUGCUGUACUUGUUAUUAAGUAUAUGAAACUCGAGGGGUGCUGUAUCAUGAGAGAAUGGAUGAGAAGACUUCAUAAAUUUUAAGUUUUUAAAAGACUCGCAGAUCAAGGUUCAAAGUACAUAUAUGUCACCAUAUACGACAGAUAUUCAUUUUCUUGCGGGCAUUCAUAGUAACUCCAAGAAGCGAAAUAGAAUCAAUGAAAGACCGCACGCAUCAGGACAGACAAGGAACCAAUGAGCAAAAGAUGACAAAUCGUGCAAAUACAAAAAGAAAGAAAGAAGUAGUAAUAAAUAAGCAAUAAGCAUAGAAAGUUUGAGGUGAAGAGUCCUUGAAAGUGAGUCCAUAGGUUGUGUGAACAAUUCAGUGAUGGGGUGGCUGAAGUUGAGUGAAAUUAUCCCCUCUAGUUUAAGAUCCUGUUGAUUGAGGUGAGAUUUCGAGUUUGUUGAUGAGACAUCUGUUUGUGCUGAUAUGAAAAGAAAACAUCUAUUUCAGCAUAAUGUACUAAGAUUUUGAGAGUAAUUAUUAAGUAUGACCAGAAAAUUGAAAGAACUAUAAAAAUCAAUAUACUUGCAUGCAUGAAAUUCCAUUAAAUCUCAGCACUUAUUUUAAUUAUAGAGGAAUGCAUUUUAGAUAAAUGGUCUUAAUUUUGUAUGCCAGUAACACAGUUUCAAGACUUGUAGAUAAUCAUUUAUACUUUAACAUGCUACUUAAACUGGAUGUACUUGAUGAAAUAAUUCAAUAACAUAUCCAACUCUUGUGUUUUUAGAUCCAAAACUAGUCAGUCUCUUUGAUUUUUCAAUUAAUUGAUGUUCAUACAAUAUGGAAUCUUUGGAUACAGUGCAAUAAAUGACUAUC